AUGAAGCUCUCCAUCUUAGCCCUUGGGGCCCUAGCGACAACAGCCUCGGCGGGCAUAUUCCUCCCCGACGACCGAAACAACCGAGACAACCAAUUCCCUCCUACUAUGCAAUACCGUACCUCUCACCUACCCUCCGCGGAGCAGCCCCACGCAUCGGACAAGCCUUCUCCAGCGUGGAUGGCGGCUCAUGCUGCCCAAUCCUCUCCGGCGAUGGCGCAGGCUAGACCAUGCCACGGUCACGGUCACCCCCGCCCCUACGGCCACGGCCACGACCAGCACAAUGAUGUCCCGACCGGUACACUCGGAAUCGCCCUCCACUCCCUCCGCGUCUGGCUGAGUGAGCACAAUCUCAUCCACUAUCGGCCGUUCUCGCCCAUCACGUACCCGCGGCACGGUCUCGGUCCCGGUCGCCCGGACAAGACUUACUUCCCGGUGACCUCGGCUCACGGGCCCAAACUCAUGCUCAAGGAGAUCAACUGGCGGAACGUCGAGUUCAUCGACGAGGAUCCGGAGAAGCCAUACUCGGACGCAGAGAUGCAGGAGAAGCUCAUCGCUCUGGUCAAAGGAGGGCUGAGUCACGGCGGGCUCAUCCCAACCAUGAGAGCCGGGGUCAUCCGGGUCGUUCAGCUCGGCGAGGGGUACGAUACUGCGCGACAGUACUAUCCCGGCUACGAGAUCCGGGAUGGGGAAGAGGAGAGGCGGUACACGCAGUACACGGGCAGUUAUCUCAGUUCCGAGGCGGAAGAGGUGAUGCGGAAGCAGCAAGAGGAGUUGCGGAUGAGGUUGGAGGCGCAAGCAAAGAGUGGAGAAGGUCUCGGGGAGGCGGAUCCGGACAGGGCAUGGAGAUACAGGGAGUUUCCCUCCAGCAUGAGCGUGGAAUACAUGGAGGAGAUUCUGCAACAGCGAGAGCAAGAGCAUGGGCUCUUGAGGGGAUUGCGGAACGUCGCACCGGAAGAUCUCGCUCGCUACGGGAAUCAUUGGACAAGUCCACACGUCCACUUUCCCCCUUCGCGUCCGGAUCAACACGAACCCCAGCCGAUGCUCAAGGAAGUCAACUGGGUCAAUGUCGAAUUCGUCGACGAGGACCCGGAAAAGCCCUACUCGGCGGAAGAGAUCCAGGACAAGGUCCUCGCCGUUGUCGGGACAUCCACCAGGGACGGCCGGAUCCCAACUAUGGCGGCGGGCUCGAUUCGGACGGUCCACGUCGGCGCCAACUACAUGUCGACGCGGGUAUACGAAGCGGGGUAUCAGCCAAAGGAAGGGGAGGAGGAGGGGCGGUAUGUCCAGUACAACGGGGACUAUCGUAAUCCCGAGGCGGAGGAGGCGUUGCGGAAGCAGCAAGAGCAGAUCCGGGCGGAGAUGGACAAGAAGAGGCUAGAGCUGCAGGCAUUCCGGAUUGCCAAUCCGGACGCUUAUGAGCGAUACAAGGAGUUCCCGACCAGUAUGGGGAUGCCCGAGAUGGAGGGGAUCCUGAGCCAGCGGGAGAGGGAGGGUAAGGCGAUGAGGCCGAUGAGGGGGAUGCCGGGCUGGGUACCGGGAGAUCAAGCCGGACAGGGAGGCGGAAUGAGUGCGGAAGAGAAGGAGAGGCACGCGGCGGGGCUGAAAAGCUUCAGAAAGGCCAACCCGGAGGUAUAUGAGCGGUACAAGGAGUUCCCAACCACCAUGGGCUCGGCGGAGAUCGAAGAGAUCCUACGUCAGCGGGAGAAAGGGGCGAUGAGGGGUCAAGCAGGCACUGCGGCAUGGUCGCAGGUGCCGCCGGUCGUAGUGGAUCUCAGGGGACAGAUGCCUGCUCCGGCCUGGACGCACGCUUUUGCUGGACAUGGGGAUGAGCGGCCAGGAGGCGGAUUGCACGGGAAGAAUGGAUGGCAUCACCGUCGGCCUCAGACAUUCGGCGGGAGACUUCACCGGGCAAUGAAGAACCUGCGACCCGCUGAAUCACUCGCUCUCGCUUUCGUCCUCGGCGCAGGUCUCGGCUCCAUCUUCCACAUGCUCUUUAUGAUCACUCUCCUCCUUACCCGUCGGAUCCGAUGCGGCCGGUUGAGCAAGGAAGAGCGGCGGGCGCGGCGGGCAGAGAGGCGCGCGAGGCGAGGUGGCGGGGCAGUCAGGCUGGAGGGGGAGGAUGUAAUUUGUGUUUUGAGGGCGCCGGAGGCUGUGCAGGAGGCUCAGGAGGUGCAGGAGGUCGAGCAGGCGGUGGAAGUGAGUGAGGUGGAGGGGUUGCCGGGGUAUGAGGAGGAUGCGGCUAUUGCGGCGAAGUUGGCUCAGGACAAGGCUUAG